GCCCGCCAAUAGCCGGCGAGGUGGAGGGGCGCCCGGGCCCCUAGCUUCUAUUUACUCUUUCAAUCAGUGCGAGUGUUUGCCCCUGGCCGGCGUGCACGCGCGGGUGAUGCGCUAGCCAUGAUCUCGCAGAAGCUCUCGUACGGCGACGUGCCGACGUCCGCGUCGCUGUCGUCCCUGUCGCCGGGCCUCGCGCCACACUACGUUAACGGGAUGGGGUGCAUGCCGACGCAGCCCUAUCCUAACCUGUACUCCAACAACAUGGUGGCCGGCGGCUCCUGCAUGGGCUCGCCGGGCGUCGGCUACUCGCCGCCCAGCACCAUGGCGUCCUGCAUGGGCGGCGGCGGCGCCGUGCCGUACGGCUCCCUGCCGCGUGAGCAGGAGGCCGCUUCGCCGACCUCUGCGCUGCAGCGCGCGCGCAACGACAAGACCUACCGCCGCUCCUACACGCACGCGAAGCCUCCGUACUCCUACAUCUCCCUCAUCACGAUGGCCAUCCAGAACAACCCGUCGCGCAUGCUCACUCUCUCAGAAAUCUACCAGUUCAUCAUGGAUCUGUUCCCGUUCUACAGACAGAACCAGCAGCGCUGGCAGAACUCCAUCCGACAUUCGCUGUCGUUCAACGACUGCUUUGUGAAAGUACCCCGCACGCCCGACAAGCCUGGGAAAGGCUCUUUCUGGACGCUGCACCCGGACAGCGGGAACAUGUUCGAGAACGGGUGCUUUUUGCGGCGACAGAAAAGGUUCAAAGACGAAAAGAAGGAGACGAUAAGACAGGCGCAAAAGGCGGCUCACACGCACGGGCACCACGGCUCUCACGAGAAGCGAGGAGAGCACGGGCACGAGAAGACGACGCCGGCGGGCCCCGGCGAGGACAAGGAGAUGCGCGAUGACCUGCUGGCGCAGCUGCACGCGGCGCCGGAGCUGUGCCUGCCCGAGCACACGCCGCUGGCGCUGGAGCACUACGCACAGCUGAAGCAGGAGCCGCAGGGCUACGCGCCGCCGCCGCACCCCUUCAGCAUCACGCGACUGCUGCCCGGCGCCGACACCAAGGCCGACCUCAAGAUGUAUGAUGUCAACUACGGCUACGGGCACACGCCCGCGGAGAAUUACUACCAGUCGCCGCUGUACCACCAUCACCACGCGCACGCGCAGCCGCCCUUGUGACAGUACCCGUUGGCGUAGGCGCGCCGUGCGCCCUGGCACGCCGUCGCCGACGCCUCGCCCUAGCCGCGGCUGAAGUAAGUCCCUAGGGUUCGACAGAGACAUUUCCCGACUAAAAUCUCAUGUUGAUAUUGGACUCCGAGUGAGCGUUGUGAUAUUCGAGGCCCCGUCCGCCCUGACGUGAUUGACUUUUGUAUAUGUGUAAAUAUUUGCGGUUAUUUUUGAUUGAGUCCAUACUGUGUGGUUUAGUAGGUAGCUGUUAGUGCACGGGCCGCGCGGGGCGGACGGCGCGCGCGUAGGCCUAAACCGUUGGACUGUUGACCAAGUGUCCUUUUAGUCCUCCGAUCAGUUCCAUGUUGUGCCAACUCUUAUUACAAUCGACUUAAAGUUUUCAACUGAUUUUUCAAUGUUUUAUUGUUUCUAAUUAUAAAAUAUUAUUCUACACUAAAAUUCGAUCAAAAUGACUUUAUAACCAUAAUUCACACCUAAUUCAAAUUAUCGAAAUUCGUUAUAAUAAUGACGAAUAAAGAAAAUGGGAAAAUUGAUCAUUUUCCAGAUAAAAAAAUGUUAUCAAAUUACAGGGUGAAAAGCUUGUUGAAAUCGGAGACAACAGACGUGACAUAAUGCGAUUUGAUUGUUAGCUCAGCGAUCGAUAGAGCUUUAUCGUUUAUCUGGUACAGAUAAUGUCGAUGACAGCGUUAGAUAAAUUAUUUGUUUUCAAAUAUUACGUAUUCGAACAGCGCGUUGAACUCUUUUGUUUAAACAAAGUCACUAAUAAAAUCAAAAUAUUUUUUAAAUUACUAAAUGUAACGAUUUUUCUACUUUAAUGUAAUUAUUCGUCGAAUUUACUCUUAAUAUUGCUCAAAUAAAGAAAAACAGGUAAACAUAGCCAGGUAACUAAAUAUAUACAUUCGUUAGGUCAAUUUGGUAUACAUAUCGUUUUCAGUAAUAGGUUAUGAGAAUUUGAAAUAUAUAAUGACUGAAAUUAGCAUGAAUUUAAUAACAAUUGAUUCGGAAUUUUUAUAUUUAUAACACUUUAUCGCUCCACAUAGCUAUUUAUUUUUGGUUCACUGGUUGACUGGUAGAAAAUACCAUACGGUGUCCAACGUUUGGUACAUAUUUUUUAUAUAAUUAAAAGAAAGGUUUUAAAUAAAUAAAUCAUUAAAAAAUAUUAACAUUGUAUUAAUUUCGAUUAAUGUACUUAUUUUCGUGCAUUAAAGUUAUUACAAAUAAACAAUAAUAUUUCAUUAUUAGCGAAAUUUAAUUUGGUAGCACGUCAACAUUUAUAAACAAAUAUCUAAUGCAUUAAUAUCUCGAUCAUUGUUUGUUACACUAAUACUAGUAUAUACCUAAUACUAGUAGCAUCGGUUUUGAUCACAAUACAAUGAUUUAUAUAUGGUCUAUGAGAUUUUUAAUACAGUGCCAUAAAAAUUUUAUACAACUUGCUCAUUCUAAUUGCAAUUGCUUGCACGAAACUGAUUUAAAAAUUAUGUUUUUUUUUUUAAGAAUCUAAUAAGAGUUGGUACUUAAUGAGAACCUGGUGACGUCAUAUCGCGGACCGUCAAACUGUGCAAUGUCUGUUCUGUAUAAUGUGUAUAUUAUAUUGUAAUAUUAGAUAGGAAAAGGAAUUAAAAGUUCUGGCAUCGACCAUCGCAUUUAGGAGUUUAGUUAAGCUGUAUAUAUAGACAUAAGGUUUAUACACGGUGUUCACGAAAAAAAAUGUAGGUAAUAAAUGGAAAAAUGUGGUUCAAUUAACAUGAUGUAUAUCAUAAAGUUCGUGUUCCGAAUUCCUACGCAAUUUUUCGGACAUCGUGUGUAAAGACUUCUAAAUUAUGGUGUUUGGUGUAAGAUAGGUUCCUGUCUAUGCUUCUGCACAUUGCAUUUGAAUAUAUAUUUAUAUGCAAGAGUCAAUUUAGCUAUGAUAUUAAAUAUAUUUGACAAGCGCAUUGGAUACAUGAUAAAUAUAUUAUUAUUUUAAAAAAUAUAUAUUGUUUAUUUUAAAUUUAUCAAUAAUUAUGUUACAAUUAUCGCCAGUUUACAAAAUAAUAAAAUAAAUUCAAAUGGUACAAUUAUAAUUAAAUUAUAAUAGGUUAUACAAUAUUAUUUAAUUUUUUUAUUGAAAAAUAUCCAUUUACAAGACGAUAAUUUAGAACUAUACGUUUUGCUAUGACACCUUGAGACUUAACAAAUUUAGCGCUAAAACCUUGAUGUCAUAUUAUAACCUCUAUACAUAUCUGCUAAAUGACACUAAGAUGAUGACUGACAUUUUUGUGGCAAUGUGGUGUCAACCCAGUAGGUACGUCAGGUCUAUGUAUAAGAGUAUAUUAACGAUAAAAAUUAGACAAUGGAAUAAAACAAGUCGAAGUGUUCAUCAUUUAAAACAGCUUCAUCGGACCUAGACUGUGUUCGAAUUUAGUAAGAAAGCACAUUAAUUUGUAUUUGUAGCAUUGUGUAGGUUAUAAAUUAUAUGAAAAUUUCUUAUUUACAUAGUAUUUAUUGGCACAUAUUUACGUUCAGAUGAAGAAUUCGAAUCAGUCAGUACAUAAUUACAACAACAAGUAAAUAAAAUACUCUUUUCAAUUUGAAAACAUAGCAGGAGAAUUUCUUAAAUAAUUAUGUUAUUAAAACACUAAUGGAUAAGACUACGAUGAAGUUUUUAGCAUGAUAGUUCAACAUUUACAUAGCCUAUUUCAAUAUUUCAAAAACGACUAAAAUGAGUAUAAAUUUUAAAAAAAUAUUAAGAUUUUUUUUUGAUGCUCACAUCAUGCGUUUGUCAAAUUGUGCUUUUUGUGUGAAUAAAAAAAAAUCUCGAUAUGUCGUGCUAAAUUCAUCCUUGUAGGUAUAAAUACAUAUUAAUGUCAUAAUUACUCGAAUAUAGAUAGGACACUUAUUUAUAUAUCAUCUGUUAGUUUCAGAGUUAAUAAAAUUAAGUAUUUACAA